UUCCGGCGUUCGUCCUCUGGGUCGGUUCUCAGCGCAGGCGCCGUGGCUCCUGGGGCCCGAGACGUGCAGCUCCUCCUCAGCUAGGAGGGCUCUGUGAGGCUCGGUUGUCCCGGGUCCUUGCAUAAGUGAUGCCCCGCUAUUGCGCAGCGACUUGCUGUAAAAACCGCCGGGGACGAAGCAAUAAAGACCGGAAACUGAGCUUUUACCCGUUUCCUCUACAUGACAAAGAAAGACUUGAAAAAUGGUUAAAGAAUAUGAAACGGGAUUCUUGGGUUCCCAGUAAAUACCAGUUCCUGUGUAGUGACCAUUUUACUCCUGAUUCUCUUGACAUCAGAUGGGGUAUUCGUUAUUUAAAACAAACUGCAAUUCCAACAAUAUUUUCUUUGCCUGAAGACUGUCAGGGAAAGGACCCUUCCAAAAAAAAAUCUCAGAAGAAAAAAUUGGAAGAUGAGACCAAAAUAUGUCCAAAAGCCAAGUCAGAAAAAUCAUUUUCCUUAAAUGAGGCAAAGAAAAAUACAAGUAACACAGAUGUGCUCCCUAAACAUGCAGAAUUACUUCAUUCAUAUGUCCUGGUGAAUCCACCAGCUCCAAAAACAGGAAAUACGCAAAAUAAUAUAUUAACUCUUAAUCUAAUUAAACAAGAUACCAAAAAAACACAAUCUACCUUGAAAGCAUCAGUCAACCAAGAUUUAAGUGAAGGUGGUUUUCACACAUCUUUUGAGAAUCGAAAUUCUGCAACUAUUACUUUGACAACUUCAAAUGCAGAAGGUAUUCAGCACCCUUUGGAAACCCAGGAAGUGCUUGAAAUAACUACCAAUCAUCUUAAUCCAAAUCUUACAAAUAAUUCCAUGGAAAUUAAUUCACAAGAAAGUCCGUUCUUAUUCAGCACAAUCAACCCAGCAGUUGAAGAAUUAAACACAAGCAAAGAAUCUCUUAUUGCCAUUUUUGUACCAGUAGAAAAUUCAAAACCUGUUGUUAAUUCUUUUAUACCAAUCCAAAAAGAAACCAUGGAAAUGGAAGACAUAGAUAUUGAAGACUCCUUAUUUAAGGAUGUAAAUCAUGGGGCAGAAGUCUUACAAAUUGAUCAUUCUUACUGCAGACAAGACAUAAAUAAGGAACAUUUAUGGCAAAAAGUUUCUAAGUUACAUUCAAAGAUAACACUCCUUGAGCUACAGGAACAAAAAACUCUAGGUAGGUUAAAGUCUUUAGAAGCACUUGUAAGCCAGCUAAAACAGGAAAACUGGCUAUCUGAAGAAAAUGUCAAAAUUAUAGAAAACCAUUUUAUAACAUAUGAAGUCACUAUGAUAUAAAGAGGUUUAUAAUUUUAAAAAUUACAUGUAAUGGAAAUUUUCCUUGUAAAGUCCUCAUUUUAAUGAAGCUACAAAAGUACUCUGUCAUGAACUAUAUCUAAUUUUGAAAAUGCACAUUAAUAACACUAAAGUUUGAGAGUUACGGGACUGAAAAAAGUUUUAUUACUUGAUAAUUUCCCAAUAAAUUUAAAAUAUUAGUGAAUAAUAGAAUUUGGUCAUAAGAUAAAAGAACUAAGAUAUGGUUGAAGCAACCCAGAAUAGUAGCAGUUUAGGUUUCACCACUGAUACAUGAUAAGCACUUUAUUAUGAUUGAAUUUCAAACCCUAAUCUGUAAAACAGGCAUUUAUGAGAUUGUUUGUUUUUAAGUCAGGGUCUCACUGCGUAGUCCAGGCUGACCUUAAACUCAUUAUGUAGCCCAAGCUGGCCUCCAACCUCAGUAAUCCUCCUACUCAGCCUCCCAAAUGCUGGUAUUACAGGCAUGUACCACCACAUCCAGCAAAUAAUGAGUUUUUUGGGCUGGGGAUUUAGCUCAGCGGCAUAAGCGCCUGCCUUGCAAGCGCUCAUUCAUGAGUUUGAUCCCUGGUACCGAUAAAAAAAUACAUAAAUAAUGAGUUUUUUGUGUCUUGAAAUUUCUGUCUGGUUUUGUUUUGGAAACAAGGUCUUCCUGUGUAGUUCAGCCUGGCCUUGAACUCACUAUGUAGUCAAGCUGGCUCCAAAUUCCUGGCAAUGCUCCUGCCUCAGUCUCCGAAGUGCUGGGAUUACAGACAUGUAUCACCACACCUAACUUUAUUCUCUUUCUAUUAAAAUACUUUCAUUAGAACAAUUUUCUUUUUUUAACUUUUAUGUUCUUUAUUAGUACAUAUUUGUCAUACCUGUUGAUGUUGAACAUAUUCAGUAUAUAACAGGUUUUCUAUAAAAUACUUACAAAAUAGUAGAAGUGGAAUAGGAUUUAUAUUAGAGUAUCCUCAGUGUUUAUUUAAUUUUGUAUUUCUUGAACUUUUGGUGUAUAAUUUUAUAUAUAUAUAUAUAUAUAUAUAGCAAAAUACUGAUAUAAUUUUAUUUCACUUGAAUUCAGCUCAUAAGAGAGGUACUUUAAACUUGAAAGUAUAUUUCCAUACUUUAUAUAUAGUUGACCAUAAUGGAUAGCUAUGUAAGUUUAACAUCUUUAUAAAAUUAUAAACCAAAAAUUCUAAUGUUCAUUUUAAAUACAUACAAAUAUAUUUUAGAAAUCAUAGUUUAUUUCAUUAUAGAUACAGCUUUUAAACUAUAUGCCCAUCAUUUUAUAAAUCCCAAAAUAAUAUUACAAAUUCUCAUUUAAGUAUAUUUUAUUAAAGUUAUGAGCAAAAAAUUAUAGAUAAGUGGUGAUGACUUAGGAAGACAAAGUUACUCUCUUAGAAAAGAGGUUUGAUUACAUAAAUAUAAAUACUGUUUAUAUAUGCAUGACUUUAAGAAAGAUAAAUGUAAAACAGACUUCUGGUAACACAAAUGUGAAAAAUUGAUGUUAUAUAAGUUCCCCGAAACUUGGUAGUCAAUAAAGUAUAUUCUUGCCUAUAAUGUUAAACAGGUUCCUAUCAUUUGAUUCUUAAUUUCCUUGUGUGUUAAAUGAAAAAUACUAUUCUAUGUCUUAAUGCUAUUGCAAAUUGUAAAAGUUAAUAAACAGUUUUUGAGCCUGGAAAAUAGGAGGUGCUCAAUAAGCAUUAGUUAACUCUGAAUGCAAAUAAUUAUUAUUUUGUAGAUGCAUUGCAAUUAUUUUUUACCUAUCUGUUUCUUCCAGUGAACAAAAUUAAGUAAUGUUAUUUGACAGUAUGUCAGCUAAUUGUAAAACAAUUAGUGGUGUCUUUAUAAGGUGACCAUGGGGGAGGGAUGACUUUUAAGUAUUCUCAUGUUGCGUUUUGUUAUUACUUAAAUAGCACCAAUGAAAAGAUGGUAACCUUAAGUCACUGUAAUGUAAUAUUUCAACUCAGUUCUUAGCAAUGUACAUAACUAAUUUCGUUUGUUUAAAUUUAGGUUCUCCAAGAGUAAUUUAUGUACCUGGCUGUAUUUUUGUUAAACUUGAUAAAUCUAAGUAAAAGGUAUUUUCUUUGACAUUGUAUAAUCAAUUAAGAAUGUUCUCAGCCUAACCCAGUUAACCUCAAGACCACAUCCUAUGUUGGUUACUUUUCUGUUGUUGCUGAGACAAAAUACCUGACACCCAAAAUGAUGGAAAGGAAAGGUUUCUUUAGCUCACACUUUUGGAGGUUUCAGUCUGUAAUUAGCUGGCUCCAAGGCAAGGUGGCAUGGCAGAGGAGCAACAGUUCACUGCAAUGGCAUAUACCAAAAGCAACACUAGCUAAAAGGGAGGAGCACAGAGAGAAGACUCUUUCCCUUAUGUUGUAUGUAGGCUACACUUGCUUAGAUGUAGCACUCACACCUAUAAUCCCAGCAUUGGGCCAUGAAUCAAUUAUGGACUCUAGAAGCCUGCAUCCCUGACUGCAUGAGGCGUUGAGGAGACAGCCAGACACAAACCAUAACACAUACAGAUGCUGGCCUGCUUUGUUUCUGAUUUGGACUACUACAGGAAUCUGUUAAAUAAUCUUAGCUGUUUUCAGUCUUUCUCCUCUGCAUCAUCCUAGAUUUUGCCAUCAGCUUUUUACCUAAACAACAGAUCUAACUCUUAUCACCACCUACCAUUUAACUUUUGUAGCUCAGGUACCUCAAAUUACUCUCUAGUACAUUUAGAAUAAAACCAAAUUGUUAUUAUUGUCUCUGUCAUCCUCUAGGAUUAUGUUUAGCUGUGUUUUACACUGGAUUUCUUAGCAUUUCUCAAAAGACUUAGACAUCUGUCCCUCUGUUUACAGCUUAUUUUUUUCUCUGAACUGAACCAUUACAUCAGAAUUAUACUUCAACACUGGUAGAAUUUUAAUCCUAUUUUACAGUCAAAAUUGAUUCUUUUGUGCCCUAUUAUACUUUUAGAGCACUAUAAUACCAUCUGUUGUAUUUUAUGUGUCAUGAUAAUAUCUAUGUUGCCUCUGACUAGAUUGUAAUUUUUUUUAAAGAAUUUACCGAUACGCUGCUCUUAGUGUGACCUUUCUCUUCCUGCAUAGCUUCCUGAGUCAUUUGACCACAAUAAAGUGACUAUCAGUUCCAAACUUGGCCCUUAAAGUGGCCUGGUUUCCUUUCCUCUUGGAAUACUUCCUCUCUUAGGUUCUGUGAUUACCUAGAAAUCAUACUGGAAAAUCCCAUACUACCUGUACAGGCUCUGAAGAAAGACAUUUGACAUGAGUAAAGAUGCUGUGUUGGAAUCAGAUCCUCAAGAUCCAGCUGCUUGCUCAAAUAAUUAAAUACAGCAUUGCCAUAUUACCCAGAAAAUCUACCCCUAGGUAAUACACCUUAGAGAAAUGCAAACUUACGUCUGCACAGAAACUUGUACUAUAGCAGGAUUAUUCUUAGCAUCCAAAAAAUAACCCAGGUGCCCAUCAACUGAUAAAUCAAGAAACAAUGUGACAUACCAAUACAAUGGAGUAUUUAUUUGGCCCUUCAAAAAAAAAAAGAUGCUCUCAUACUUCAACAAGGAUGAACCUGGAUGUAAAAGACACAUACUUCAUUUAUAUGAAUUGUUCAGAAUAGGCAAGUUCAUAGAGAAAGAUAAGUGGUUCGUUCCCAGGUCAGAGGUGAGAAGAAAAUGAGAAGUGAUUGCUUUAUGGGUAUGGUGUUGCUUUGAGGGUAAUGAAAUGUUCUAGAAGUAAAAGCAGUGAUGUUUGCACAACUUUAAAAUUGUUAAAUUGUAUACUUUUUUUGGUACUGGGGAUUGAACUCACAACUUUGUAUAUAUGAUAAAUUUUAUAGUAUGUGAUAAUCUCAAUAAAGUUUAUAGAUAAAAAAGACUCAGCUGCUGUAGAUAAUACCUGAUGUAGGAGAAGCGUCAUUUAUCUGAGUAUUUUCAGAUUCCUUAAAUUGUGACCAAAGUAAAAUAUUUGCUUUAAGCUAAAGUUUUGAGAUGAGAAGCAACAGAUAAUCAAAGCUAUCCCUUCUCUGUGUUUGCUUCAUUCUUGCUCUGAUGUAGUGAUUCUGUAAAACCUUCAACAAUAUUGCUUUUUCCUCUGUUCUCACUUACCUGAACUCGUUCCUAGUUGAACUUAAAACCCACUUUCCCUAAUGUUAGGAGCUGGAGAAACAAACUGACCCUGAGUGGGCCCAGUGGUGUUACUGCCUUUCUCUAAGAAAUUCAUAACCCUACUUUGAAAUUCUCACUCACACUCCUCUUGCCUUUCUCCUCUUCCCCUUUUUCCUACUAUUCCAAACAGAAUCUCAUAAUAUGCUUCAUUGAAAAAAUAAACUCACUACCAUCCCAAAACAUUUUGCAGCUUUAAUCUCCAGCAUGUAUUUGGAGAUGGGCCUUUAGGUAGGAAUUUACACCACGAUAGAUUAGGCACUUAUAGGAAGAGAUGCCGUAGAGCUGCUCUCUGUUCUAUGUGAGAACACCGCAAGAAGGCAGCCAUCCACAACUGAGAAGAAUUCCGUCAUGAGAACCUGACUGCCUCUCUGUAAUCUCAGACUUCUAGCCUCCAGAUUGAAAAUAAAAAUUUCCGUUGUUUAAGCCA